AUGUCGGGGCCUCUUGCUGAGCGAGAUCCACAUCCGGCGAAUUUUAUUGAAAAGGAGAAGACGCGCCAGUGUCGCAGCCUGGGGCUGAUCACGUCCGAGAAUCUCACCUCGCGAGCCGUGUUGGAGUAUCUGGGGUCUUGUCUAACGAACAAGUACGCGGAAGGGGAGUGCGGCAACCGCUACUGCGGAGGUGCAGAGUAUGUCGUCAUGAUUGAGCGCCUAACCAAAGCGCGUGCCAUGCAGGCCUUCAAGUUAGAUGACACAGAGUGGGGCGUCGACGUGCAGCCGUACAGCGGAUCCUCCGCCAACUUUGCUGCCUACACAGGGCUGCAGGAGCCACACAGCCGCAUUUUGGGCCUUGACCUUCCCUCCGGUGGCCACCUCACUCAUGGCUUUGAUACCGCCAAGAAACGCAUCAGCGCCAGUUGGGUGUAUUUUGAAUCCUUCCCGCACAAGGUAGACGCCAAUGGGGUGAUUGACUACGGGGCAUUAGGAAAAAUCAGUGAGGUGUUUCGACCCACCAUGAUUGUUCUGGGUGCCUCUGCUUACGGCUCCGACUUGGACUACGUGCGUCUACAGGCCCUCUGCGACCACCUUGUUUGCCUCCUCUUUGUGGGCAUGGCGCACACCCCCGGCCUUGUCGCAGGCGGGGUGCUGGACUCCCUGUUCCCACACGCCGACGUUGUGUCGACCACGACGCACAAAUGUCUGCGUGACCCGCAUACAGCGAUGUUAUUUAGUUAUUUAUUUUUGCAAGAAGACUCGCAAUGGAGAGGUGACAGACUUUGA